ACCAAAACUCACCUCCAAGGAUCUGACGGCGGUUCGCUGGUUCCUCGUGCACUCGAUCGCCAACGCAUGGGUUUGCCUCACGGCCCUAACGUCUAUGCGCGCAGUGCUGCUCGAUCCCGUCCAGGCCCUCGACGGGCGCGUCUACACGGACGCCUCCCUCUUUGGCUCCGCCAGCGCGUGGCCGCUCACCAUCAUCAACUCGGUUCACCUCUACCACAUGGUCGGCGGUUUUGCGCUCACGGGCGCUGACUACUUCCACCACGGGCUCUUCAUUCCGACGCUCGGCCUGCCCGGCCAGCUACUUCGGUGGGGACCGCUCGCCAACUGGCAGGCCUUCUUCAUCAGCGGGCUGCCGGGCGGAGUCGACUACCUCAUGCUCGCCCUCGUCAAACUCGGCCGCCUCCCGCCGAUGACCGAGAAGCGGGUGAACGCCAACCUCAACACCUGGCUGCGCGCGCCGGGCAUCCUCGUCGCGACUGUGCUGCUCUACCAGGCGCUCCUGCUCGGCAAUCACGUCGUGCCGCUCUGGGCUGUGGGCCUGCAGCUCGUGCUGCCGGCGUACAACGCCCUCUACUUCAACAAGCAAGCUGUCGCAAAUUACGCGGUCCACUACAUGCUCGAGCUGCUCGGCCAGCGCGACCUCAUCGAGCGGCGCGUCGAGCAGCGGACCAGCUACACGACCGGGCUCGAGGUGAUGGCGUGGAAGGACUGCGCGUCCGGGAGGCCGCGGAGAGAGGCGUACCCGGUCGAGGGCCUGCGUGGAAACACGGCGGCGUGGAAGGAGGCGCUUGGUGUGCCGCAGCGGGGCUCAUGACGCGGUUGUGGCCAUGCGGCAGGCCUUGUGCAUACACCCCUCUUCGGCUUACUAACGUACUCUCGUACACGCUUAGAGGGCCGUGGGCGUAGUGAAGCUAGGCGGUCGCGAUUGCUAGGCGCAGCGCGUGACGCGUGUGUGUGGUUAUCUCGGCGCUGGGGUGUGAAUCUUGCAAAUUGGUAAUUGCAUGUGCCGAGCGUGUUUUACUGUCAUCAUCAAUCUUUCACGCA